AUGGCUGUUGAUAUUCCAAAAUCCGUUUUAAAUAAACUUAUAUUCUUCACUGGGGCAAUCAUAUUCUUCCCAUUGAUCACAUUCUUUCUUUUGCAAUACCUUUUCGGUAACUCAAUAGUCUCUGGAGGAAUGAGUGCGGUUGUUGUCAAUAUCUUGAUGGUUUUAUUCAUUAUUGUUGCAUUCAAUGAGAAAGUUGAACUUGAGCCAAUAAGUGAAAAACAAGAAAAUGAUAAAUUGGAUUGA